CAUUCAGACGGCAGCGGCAGAGUCAUAUAGCCCUCCCUUAAUAUGCCCCACUCUUGUCGUUUAGCUAUAAAAGCGACUGGUUGUUCAUCUAAUCGGCACAAUCUAAUCUAAUCGUGGAGCAUUCCUCGUUAUUGAGGGAGGGUGAGGCAGAAGAGAAAGAGAUUAUUUCAAUGAUGUUACAUCUGUAUAUGGAUAUGUAUAUGUGCGUGUGAGCGUGCGUUUCGUAAAAAAUUUUUCUUCUUCGAAGGUUGUAGUAUUUGUGAAAUAACGACGAAAUGACUUCCAUACAAGUGCCACGUAUUAAAGAAGUUAUUAUGGCUGAUAGCGAUAAUCAAGAUAUUAACGUCUCCGAUGAACUGUACUUACAAAAUUUUAAGAUCCUUCGUGUAUCCGAUUCUUUUGAUGGCGAGGCAAUAAACAAAUUAAAAGUAAAUGCCACAAAUAAAACAAGUAAACACGAUAUUAAUAAAAAUCACAACACAGAAGUUCGUUCCACAAACAAUGUAAUUCAACACGAUUGUGUGUAUUAUGAGGAUCACAAUGACAAUACAAAAGUAAAUGACGAACAAUUAGGCAUUAAUGAAGACGCUGUAAAUGUAAAUAUUGAAAACAACGAUUCUACAAAUUUUUCUUUUGCUAGGCAGCUUGAUAUGUUUAACAAUAAGUCACCCCUUCCCAUGAGUUCACGCUCAGAAAAUAACGACGAUGAAUUCAGUACCAUUUCGUCACAUGUUGAUAUUUCCAAAGAAUUAAAUAUAGACAAUGAUGAAGAAAAAUCAAAGAAUUUAUUCAAAGACGAUAUGGAGAUUGAUAAUACAAUUUAUGCUGAUAAUGAGUUGGACAUGGGAAAAGAAGAAAAUAAAGAAAUAUUGUCGCCCUUAGAAGACUAUAAGUUUGAUCAAGUUGUUGCAGAUGCCCAAUCAUACAUAUACACGAUUUGUGAAAGGUGCCUUAACGAGCAACGAAUGUACGGGGAAUUGUCGCAGAACCAAUACUGUCGUCGAUGCAAAAAGGACUUAACAUUUUUGUGUAAAAAUUGUGAACAGCGAUUCAAAUAUUAUGUUGCUAUUUUGAGACAUUUAAGGAAAGAAUGUUUAGCGCGAUCGGACAGUAAUAUUAAACAGUUUAUAUGUUACGAAUGUAAUAUUAGCUUCAAAUGUAAUGUUACGUUACAGACGCACGUCUGUCGCAAGAAUCGAUGCCGGAUGUGCGAUUAUACUCACAGCAAUAAAGAUGCAAUUGAGAAACACUUUCUUAAUUUUCACAUAAAAGCUACUUGGAACAAUCCGAAAAUAUUUUCGAAAUUCAUUUCAGAAGCCGAUAGCAAACUAGUGUGUCUACCUAAUAUUACUAAUAGUUCCAAUAUUAGCACUGAAACCAACCUUGAAACCGAAGAAGAAUUUCAAGCAGAAUCAAUAAGACUGAAUAAAUCUACAGAAUUUCAUUGUACAUCUCUAGACUCCAUUGCGUUUGAAAAAUUUUACGCACAGCGCCAAUCAUAUGAAGGAAUGCAAUAUUCCUGAAAGUCGGUUACACUGGCAAUGUAUCUUGUGCAACUGGCGUAGUAAAUAAUAUGGUGAUAUCUACAAGCAUUUACAAAAUAGAAUUGCAGUAAGGCUUUUGCUUUGAAUGACGAUUUCGAGAAGCACCGACACAUUUGUGGUCAAGUCAAAGGACUUUUCAUAAAACACAUUAGAGAAAAGCGCAAUCUCCAAAGUGAGAAUUUGCAAGUGAUUAUAAAGAGUGUUCUACUAAAGAUAAACGAUUGUGUAUCAAGUAUUAUAUCCAUAGGAUGAACAAAGUGAAAAGUAAUUUUUUUCAAGUUCAUUCAAAAUCACCAGUACAGUAUUUUAGCAAUCGACGUUGAUUAUUAGAGUAAGCAAUAGAACGAUAGAGCAUCUCUAGAUUUCCUUCUUUUACAUUGUCAUUUUCAUUGUGUGGAUUUCAUAAAGAUUCACGACUCAAAUAGCAAUUAUUUAAACAAACAAAAAAACACAUGUAUUUAGUACAUCCUCUGUACAUACUAAUUGAAUUGUACAUAAGUUCAAAGUGAUUUAAUAAAUAUUUUAA